CUUUCCUUACUCUUGCUUUUUUCUUUUUCGACAAUCGCUGUUUUCUACUACUUUCGGUCAAACGCAAUAAAAAAAAGGCACAUUCAUCAGAACAGACUCAAUAGACAUUCUGACCACAUUUGCGAUUCUCAAGUAACAGAAUUUCAAGCAGUUAAACAUUCAUACUUCUAAUUCACCUUCCCCUUCCCCCUUUUCAGUUCAGCAAAGCACAGCACAAAAAACAAAAACAAAAAACAAAUAAACAACUCAGUACAAGAGCCAAAACAGGAUAUUUCAAUAAUAACAAUUUAACCAUGACAUCACAAUGGGCUAUUGCAGAAUGGGAUUAUGUUGCAACACAUGAAGACGAACUUUCUUUCCACACAGGAGACCACAUCUUGAUUCAGGAUACAUCGCAUGAGGAAUGGUGGGAAGGGGAAUGUAAUGGCCUAUCAGGAGUCUUUCCUGCCAAUCGAUGCCGACUGUUGCCGGUCAUGGUAGACGAUAAUAGACCAUCGUUAGAACAAUCGGUCCAUUUUCAGGAUCCACACCAAAACUUCGACGAUAAUGACGUCUUGGAUAUACAAAACCAGCGCCACAUCCACAGCGAGGCCGACGAUUUUAAUCAUCAGGGUCACGACAAAUAUAAUGAAAUGCACCCAUCAACAGUGCUCGAUCCUCAGACGAAUUAUAUCAGCACCAGUCGGGCCCACUCCCCUCCACCAGAGCCCUCUGAUGACGCGUCGGAUGAAGAGCACGUUGUACUACCACCUAACUGGAGUGCUACCACAAAUGCACAGGGGCGACUUUAUUAUUAUAACAUGAUAACAAAAGAGACUUCUUGGAAGCUACCCCUUGCCACUACGAUAAUAACCACUGCUGCAGGCUUGGGAAAAAACUCUGAAGAGGAUGUAGAUGACUAUCAAUACGACGAUAAUAUGAGUGACGAGGAUAAUAAUGUUGAAGUCUUUGCUCAGGACCAAAAACAGGACUCUGAUGACGAGCCACUGCCAGAGGGAUGGAGCAGUGCAUAUGAUGAGAGUGGAACACUCUAUUUCUUUGAUGCAAAUACAGGAAGAGCCACAUGGGAUCGACCACAGAAAGCUAGUAUUCAAAAGCAACAAGCUAAAUCUGGAGUCUCGUCGGAAUCAUCCACAGGGCCAUCCACAAACACAGAUCAGACCACGGGAACCCCUUCGCCAUUAAAAGCAGUAUUAAAACACCAAUCUUCUAUGGAGGAAAAUAUGCUCCAAAAUCAGCUACUUAAUUUGAGCUUGUCGGAAGAAGAGCUCCGUGUAUUGCAAUUGAACCAUUUGCCUCCUGAAAAUAUUCAGCGCAAAGGAUCUCUUCGCGUAAAAUCACAAAAGGUCACUACCAACGCUACUAUCAGCUCAUGGAAAGACUAUUGGGUUGUAGUCUAUAUGGGAUUUUUACUCUUAUAUCGUGAUGAAAGUGGCACUAUCAAACAUGCGUACUCUAUGAAACCCUCCGUAGAAUCGAUGAACAAACUGCGACAUGCAACUCAAGUUAAGCCUUCAGGAUGCUUUGAUGCAGAUAAAGUGGCUGUGGAACUUCCUAUGAGUGGACAGGCUUUUACAAAGAAAAAGAACUUCUUCUGUAUCACACCUGGAGCGAGCGUUCGCCUGUUGCUUCAGGAUGUCUCAGGAGGCGAUGUGAAGGCAUGGGUCAAGGACAUCAAGGCAUCAUUGACAAAGCGCAAAACAGAUGAACAAACAGCAACUGAAGAACCAUAUUUAAUGCAAAUUUUAAAGCGUCAAACAGCCGCAGGUGGAGAAGGAAUGUUAGGGUUAAAAAUGAACAAAAAGAUUGAAGAAAACGAUCUCAGAUCUAAUAGCAGGAACCCGCUAAUAGCAGACAAAGCCCGUGGGAUACGUAAUAUGAUGACUCAAGGUAUACAUGUACCUCGACGCAAAUCAGCGCAGGACGAAAGGCUCAAAUUACCUGUGGAAGAAGAAAAUCAUCAUGAAUCCUCAAAUACUGGGCCGCAUCCUCGCUAUCCGCUUGCAAUAUCAACUACUGGAACAGCGAAUAUGACAGGAAGCACGUCUUCAAAUCGAUCUCUCAGUAAUCUUAUAGGGAGCAGUCAUGAUCAGAGCAAAGAUUCGUCACCGGUAAUAUCAACUCCCAACAAGAAAGAUCAUGAAGCGAUUCAUGUUGAUAGCCAUCCUCAUCAUUCAGAAACAGGUUAUGAGGUUGGGUCUCCUGCUAGCUAUUCAUCGUCCCAUCAUGGCACUAAAGGGAAGUUUUCCAAUAUGAGCCGCAAUUUUUUCUCCAAAGACAAGGAAAAGGAAAGUAAAGAAAAGGAGCGGGAAGACAAAAAAGAAAAAGAGAGACAUAAAGAGAAGAGUAAAGAGAAGAGCAGAGACAAAUCUAGGGACAAAGAGUCAAGGAAGGAGCAGGCCAAUACAAAGCCCGUUCAAGAUAUAACACCAGUUUUUGGUGGAAUGCUCACUGUUGAGCCAGGAAUGACAGUCCCAAGGGUGGUGGAGCUGUGUAUCAAGACGAUUGAGGCGCGUGGGUUAGCUACAGCUGGUAUCUAUCGUGUUUCUGGUCACAUGUCUUCCAUCCAGAACUUGAAGCGUGCUUUCAACGAAGGGUCUCCGGAUGUGGAGAAGUUAAUCGAGAAGGAACCCGACGUCAAUACUAUUGCUGCACUGCUUAAACUAUACUUCCGUGAAUUGAAGGAACCGUUAAUGCUCUUUGAUUUUUACCCAAGCUUCAUUGCUGCUGCAGACAUAAGCGAGUAUAAUGAGAAGCUUUACACCAUCAAAUCAUUGGUACACUCUCUUCCUACACCAAACUUUAACACGCUUCAGUAUCUAAUGAUGCAUCUUGGCCGAGUUCAAGACCAGUAUCAGACUACGAAAAUGGAUUCUGCAAAUCUGGCAAUAUGUUUUGCACCUAACUUGCUCCGUCAAGAAGUGAAUGAUAUCACCAGUAUCAUCCAUACAGGAAAGCAGUCGAGCAUUAUAGAUACAUUAAUUGAACAACGUGACUGGGUAUUUGAUCCCUAUCCAGAAGAAGAGGGGGAACACCAAGAGGAGCAAGAGAAUGUAACAAAAACUGAGGAUGCGGAGGCAGGAGGCCAUCCACUUGAACCCAAAGUCGAACAAGACCAGCAGGAUCAGUCACACCCACAUUAUCAUUCUCAGAGUGAGCAUGAGCAGCUAUCGGGAAAAGAGCAAAAAGGUGUAUCACGUACUCUGGAUAUUGCGGCCGCUGCUGGCUUGGCUCCUUUGCAUGAAGAUAGUGGGCUGCAUCACCCUUCAGAACAGCAAAAUCGGCAUGAAGAUCAAGAAGGCAAAGGCUCUCUUGCUAGUUCAUAAUACCAUUCAUUUAUCUUGUUUAUUUCUACCCUAAAUAGC